CUCCAUCACAUAGUGGAUCUGACGCAAGAAAUCGAGGAGUGUUUGUCAAAGGAGUGGCCCGAUUUGUUGUAAGUGAUUAUUUUCAAGUGAUGCCAGCAUCAACUUCAGCAAGCAUUUCUCUUCUUACAAAGCUUGGAGUCGUGGAUACAAGUAACAUCGAGGAGAGGAUUUUUGACAUUGGAUUUACAGAGGUCUUGCAACUGCUGGAGUGCUCAUUGGUAUCAAGGACACCUCUGACCGAAGUUUUGCUUGCUCGUAAGGAAGUUCCCGAGUUAAGAAAUGAAGAUUUCCUUCAAAGAAUCUCUCUUAUGCGUGAAAAACUAGAGCAUCAAUCAGAAAGAAAUGGUGAGACGUCUGUUAGGCUUGUGGUUUGCAAAUCCAAGAAAGUGGUAUGUUACGCAGAAGCGUCAAAAGAUUUUGUUGAUUUACUUUUUAGUUUUCUCACCAUUCCACUUGGGUAUUUGAUGAAUGAAACGCAUGGUGGACAGUCAAAAGGAUCCAUCCACCACCUAUAUGACAGUGUCAUUGAUCUCGAUGCUAGGAAAUACCUAAAGUCAAAUGACAUUAAAGAGAUUCUUCUAAAUCCUAAGAUUGCACCUGGUUCUGGCUAUAAGAACCAGCCACUAGGUGUUAGGGAAGCUGUUGAUAACCAGCAGUACUACUAUGAUCGGGCAAAUGUCCUGGCGGUUCUACACUCCCACUUUUAA